AUGUCAAAUCGCUAUUCAGUUUACUCCAGCCAUUCGGCUGCUUUCUCCACCGGCGGCCGAGCGCCCCAGUCAGGUGGGCAGGUCUCGACAACGACGUUGCUAAAUGCGUUGCAUGCGCAUUAUACGACCGGACAGCCCUACCAACUCGACGCGGGAACCAGCCUAGUCGUGAAUACAUUGCUUACCGCAACGCAAGCAACCCCGGAAGGCCAUAUCGGGCCUACAAUAGAUCGCGAACUAGCGGCCAGAGCUUGGGAGCAUGCAAGGAGAAGAGCAGAGGACGGCUGUAUCGUUUUAUGUUCUACUCACCACUCAACACCAUCCGUUUUAGAGCCAUUCUUAGCAACACUACCUUUGUCCACUCCCAGUAUCGCCUUCACAGCGUUGGCCGCUCUCCGCCCCUUUUUGACGGCUGUAACUAGCUUCAACCCUUCAUACUCACUCUAUUCCGCGCUUUCGGCUUGCUACACCUUGACCCUCAAGGGCGACAUCACCGGGCUAUCUCUAGCACUUUCGACUUCAGGGAUCAAUGUACGCAAAGGAUUCCUCGAUAUUGCUUCUGAGCCGGGAUAUCGUGCCUUCGACGUGUUCUACUAUCUCUUAACGUCUGCAUCGACACCAGCCGAGCGGGAAUUCCUGGACCUGAAAGACGCCUCGUCCUACGCUCUGCUCCGUAAGUCGGGUACUUAUGCACCCCCAUCGUAUCUUCCUACUGCCGACGACGCUGCCGCUGCCGAAGACUUUAGAUCUGCUCUUAAGGCCAUCGGCAUCAAAGGUGCAGCCCAACGAGGUCUUUUGUCAGUACUUGCAGGGUUGCUCAAGCUUGGUAAUGCGGCCGGCUUCCUAGUUGACCAGGAAGACCUAGAGGAGGCGUGUGAAGAUGUUGGUGGUUUACUGGGCAUAGAUCCUGAAGUUCUUCUACACAAAUGCUCCACCGACGAAAGAGAGGUCCUAAUUUCUGGAAUAUACGAGGCUUUGGUUGAUUGGGUGAUCGGAAAAGCCAAUGAAGCUAUUGCGAGCCAGCUGCAGGCAAGCUUGGAUGAUAGCAGUCGUGGCUCUGGACAGCCAGCUCAGUGGUCCGACGACGAUACGGUAAGUAUCACCGUGGUUGACCUGCCCAGGCCUGCGCUGGGAAGAGCUGUGGCGAUGAGAGGGGUAUUUGACGAUACCCUGGGAAUCAACGCUGAAAUGAAGGAGGAUGGAGUCGUCGUUCCUCCAGCUGGCCCGGCCGUUCUUAAUGAUAUGACUGCAGCGAUUGCCCAGGUUGAAGUCGAUCUGGGAAUAUCCACUGGCCCCACGUGGCGCGAACGUGAGUAUGAGCUGGACAAGAGACAUGAAGUCUUGGAGAAAGUUGGGCUUGAAGUUGAAAUGGACUCGUUUCUUCGACAGAUUUUGUUUACCGCUGAAUCCGAAGGAAUCACAUUGGGCAAGAAAGGCCGAUUUGAUUUGGCCACUACACUAGGCAGCAGCCGUGUUUGGCAUCAUAUCUCUAUUCAUCCCACUGAUGACUUACCUGAAAAUCUGAACCCUAGUAUGCCGACUGCGACUUGGUCCGCGAGCGCCGUUUCCCGUCAACUACGGGAAUGGCGACUUGCUGAGUGGGCAAACCGUCGCCUCAGAGAGAUCGAUUUCACAGCCGACUUUGACGUGGAGGAAUUUAUCGGUAGAUACUUCCGACUAGGGUGCGGAGAAGGAAAGGAUGGUGUUGAGAACUGGUUGGUUGAAAGGGGGUGGACCAACGGCGAUGCGUGGUUGGCCAUCAGCGAAUCUGGGUGA